AGAGGGCCCUACUGAUGUAAAUAUGAGUGAAAUCAGCAUGGAGGAAAUCCACCAGUUCUUCUCUCAAGACCCCACUAUCAAAUUAGGAGGCCACUGGAAACCGAAAGACUGCCUGCCACGUUGGAAGGUGGCGAUCCUCAUUCCAUUCCGCAACCGUUAUGAGCAUCUCCCAGUCCUUUUUAGACACCUCAUUCCAAUGCUGCAACGCCAACGUUUACAAUUUGCAUUUUAUGUGAUUGAGCAAGCUGGUAAUCAGCCCUUCAACCGUGCCAUGCUCUUCAAUGUUGGCUUUCGGGAAGCAAUGAAGGACUUGGACUGGGAUUGUCUGAUCUUUCACGAUGUGGACCAUAUACCUGAAAGUUACCGUAACUACUAUGGCUGUGGUCAGAUGCCAAGACACUUUGCAGCAAAGCUGGAUAAAUACAUGUAUCUCCUCCCUUACAAUGAGUUCUUUGGCGGAGUGAGUGGCCUAACAGUGGAACAGUUUAAAAAAAUCAAUGGCUUUCCUAAUGCCUUCUGGGGAUGGGGUGGAGAGGAUGAUGACCUUUGGAACAGGGUACAUUAUGCAGGCUACUUGGUAACUCGGCCAGAAGGAGACACUGGGAAAUACAAGUCAAUUCCUCAUCAUCAUAGAGGCGAAGUACAGUUCCUAGGAAGGUAUGCACUGCUGAGGAAGUCCAAAGAGAGGCAGGGGCUGGACGGCCUCAACAACUUGAACUAUUAUCCAAAUAUUACGUACGACGCCUUGUAUAAAAAUAUAACUGUCAACCUGACGCCGGAGCUGGCUCUGGUAACUGAGUACUAAGAGAAGAGCAAAACAUGUUGCUACCUUGUUUUGUGGGAUUCUCCUGGACAAGAAAAGUCUUAUGUCUAAUGAAGGAUCACAGUAUUUUGAAGAAUAAUACUGAAAAGCACGCACACAGAUAGUCUGUGACUAUGGCCCUCCUCAAACUGAUGUUGUGCAGUGAGCUUGGACUUCACUUAUUUCUGGGUUUUUGUUUGUACAAGAACAGCGGCUUGACCUUCUGCUUUGCCCCUGCAUUCCAUCUCCUUAAACAAUCUCCAACACCAAACUGUACUCAGAUGUGCUUUUCCUGCCCAUUGAAUCAGUUUGGCCGAAAAGGACCUUGGCUUCUUGACUUCGGGUGCCGGGAGCAAUCCUGUAGGCAACGGGCCCUAACGAAAGAUGAACUGCAACUUAACAAUAUCAUUCUUCUACAUCUGUGUCUACAUGGGAGGGGGGGGGGAUUGUUUCUGUUUUUUUUUUUCAAAUUGACCUGCUUGAAGAGAAAAUAUAUAUAUAUAUGUACAACAGAAUCGCUUCUUAAAGAAGUGUAGGUGUAAAUAAGCUGUAUAAAUUGCUUUCCUUUCUUCUUGAAAUUCUUUUACAAUUUGAAAGUGAAGGUUUACAACUUAACAUGAUUCUCAUAGACUCCCAGCUGUGCAGGCGCUUCAGCACACCAUGACGGCGCCCUUGUGAGUAAAUUAGUUCAGUAUUACUCACCUGGCUGGUUGCAGGAUUAGGAGCUUGUUAAGAUGUGAUGCUUAACACCAUAAAAGUCACAACAGAGCUUACUUUGGGGUAGGAAAAAUGGUUUGGGGGGCGGGGGAGAAUAGGGAUUAAAUUUAUAAAAGAACAACACCCACACCCACCCACCCAUCUUGCACCAUUUUGUAUUCAAUGUAGCCUUUCUGGGCCUUUUUCUGACAGUUCAGCAUAUUCUGCCAUAAGUCCCGUCGCGACAAACAAACACCUGUGGAAUACGCGUCCACAUCCCUUCUGCUUUGCCUUUGCAAGGGAUGGUCUUUCCAGCAAGCUGUCCUAGCUUUUGCCUACUUUUGAAUCCCUUCACAUUCUCAGUUCAGUCUGAGUUUGGGAAGCCAGCUGCAAAUUACUAUAGAUCAUGAUAUCACUGUAGAUUUUUUUUUUCCUCCCAAAAGCUAUAGUGAUUCCUGUAACUUAAUUUUUGCGGGAGGGAGGGGUUUUAUGAAUAGUAUUUUGAUAUUUAUUGUGUAUACAAAAUUGUACACUGAAUUAAUUUAGGCGAAAGCUGUAGUUUAGAGCUCUUGGUUGUGGUAAUUAACCAGAAGGAGUAUUGCACAAACGUUGGGAUAAGUUUAUCCAGACUUCAGAUUUAUAAGCAGAAGAGUGAAGGGCAUUGAGAUGAGUUCAGGGGGAGGGGGAAAUGUGAGCAAUGGGCAGAAGUGCUUGGUCCAUAUUCUCCAUCCAGUUUUUGUUUGAAGCUGUCAUCUUAGAUUUGUGCCUUUUUUCGUUUUGGUUUGUGUUUUGGUUUAAAACCGAUCCAUCUGUUUAUACAUUGCGUACAAGCCUUUUUUUUUUAAACUGGGUUCUAUAAUUCUGGUAAAUGUGUCUUUUUUUGGAUUGCUUUUUAAUAUAUAUUUAUAGACAGAUUGUGAGUACUUAACCUCAGAAGUACUUUGAUUUCUUUUACUGCACUGUUGCCUUUGACUUCCUUAACUUGCAUAGUUUACAUUUAGUUUCUUGGUUUGAUGGCUGUAUGAUCCCCCAUAUACAUCUGUUGUGGGUGUGAGUGACCAGGCCUCCUUUCUUGUGUCUAAAAAGUUAUAAAAAUGUGUCCUCCUUGUGCAUGUACAUACAUGCAUGAGUUUGAAGACAUGUGUAGAGCUUAUCAGCCCAUAUGAAAGGACAGCAAGUCUGCCCCUGAGAAUGCUGGUAGGUGUGUAAAUUUGGUUAAAAGUAUUUGAAAUAAGUGUGCUUUAAAAUACUUCGGAAGGGAACCCUUCAUAGCUGCUGCAGAGCAGAGGUAAGGAUUUGAGUGGGUUAAUUUUUAAUGACACACGUAGCAAUAAAGACCACUAAAUUUUGAUUUUUCCCAUAUGGAUGAUGCCUAUACAUAUACCCUUCUCUUCCUUUUCCCCUGGAAGUCCUAGAAAAUUAGCAAAAAACCCCACAUUUUUGUUUAAUGGUGCUUCAGCUGAGGAAUGUAUUUCAAGCUGUCUGAAUUUACCAUCAUGUACUUUUUGGAUAAAUUGUUCGACUAGAACAGGCUGUCUACCACUUCAGAUCUCUCAAGCUUUUUAACAUAUGUAGCCAUCAACCCCAUUUCCUUGAAUAACACGACAAGGAAUUACCUCUGCUCAGAAAUGCACUUACUAAAGAUCGACAUGGAAGGGUCAGUUAGAUUUCCUAAUCAAUGGCACUCUUGGUUUAUUUUGGCGUCCGGCCCCCCCAUCACAUUGCUUUCUUUCCCUCUUUAAAAAUGUGGAAUCUUUUUUAAAAUGUGCACUGUUAAUCUUAUCAGCUAAGUCAAACGCUGUAUAGUUAAUGUAAUUGUUCAGAAACAUAACUGUCAAACGCAUGUGAUACGGUGUAAAAAAAAUCAUCUGUAAAGUGUACAUAACUUUGGCAGCUGAAAUUCAACAAGGCCACUGCCCCCCAGUCCCCAUCAACACUGUCUGCUAACACUGCUGGAGGGGGGGUAAAACAUGAUAAAUGCCUCUUUUUUUGUAUGCGCCAUGUGGGUCUUUAUUUGCUACAACUGUUGAAUAUCCACCAUUUUGGGGGCUUUUUUUUUUCCAAAAGAAAAACUCUUCUUGAAAGAGUUUACCAGCUGAGCAACCGCCACAUAUUUCCAAACGGCUCCUUUCACAGGGAACAUUAACCAAACCACCCUUAACUCUGUUCCGCCCUGUUCUGUUUGAGCUUGCUCUUAUGUUUUCUAUGAGGUGCCAGGGGUACAUUUUUGCACUGAAAUCUAGUGUUUUAAAACACACACAAUUUUCAGCAAAGCAAUCCUUCGUGUCAUUGCAUUUAUUUUCCCAUGUGUUUGUACAUUUUUGUAUUUGUUAAUUUAUGAAUGAUUUUUUCAGUAAAAAGAAUACAUAUUCAAGAACUGG